UCACAUUGUUCUAGAGUGCUCCACGAUCAGGGCCAUCUUUGGUCGUCCUCGCCGGUGACAGUGUGGACAGUUUAUUUCAUUGGUCAUCAAUGCCUAACGAUUCAUAAAUAAUACUCAACUUUAAACAAGCCGUUUGACGCACUCUUGCAGAGAAAAGGGAGCUAGAUCCCCGGUUUUUGUGGACUGUUCAUUCUUUCCUUCAAUACCCUUCAUUUCUCAAGGCAAAAAGAGGGCGAGACGGGAGAGGCGGUGAUACAACAUGGAUGAGGAAUAUGAUGUGAUCGUUUUGGGCACCGGACUCACAGAAUGCAUUCUGUCCGGGAUCAUGUCCGUGAACGGGAAAAAGGUCCUGCACAUGGACAGGAACCCCUACUAUGGAGGCGAGAGCUCCUCCAUCACCCCUCUGGAGGAGCUGUACAAGCGCUUCAGUCUUCCAGAGAGCCCGCCCGAGUCCAUGGGCCGAGGAAGGGACUGGAACGUAGACCUCAUCCCCAAAUUCCUCAUGGCCAACGGUCAGCUGGUGAAGAUGCUGCUUUACACAGAAGUGACACGGUACCUGGACUUCAAAGUGGUGGAGGGCAGCUUCGUGUACAAAGGAGGAAAGAUCUACAAGGUGCCGUCGACCGAGACCGAGGCACUAGCUUCAAAUCUGAUGGGAAUGUUUGAGAAGCGGAGGUUCAGGAAGUUCUUAGUCUUUGUGGCCAACUUUGAUGAGAACGAUCCCAAAACCUUUGAGGGCGUGGACCCCAAAACCACCGACAUGAGGGAAGUCUACAAGAAGUUCGACCUCGGCCAGGAUGUGAUCGACUUCACCGGCCACGCCCUGGCCCUCUACAGGACGGACGACUAUCUUGAUGUUCCCUGUUUGGAGACGAUCAACCGCAUCAAGCUGUACAGCGAGUCGCUGGCUCGAUAUGGAAAGAGCCCCUACCUCUACCCCCUGUACGGCCUGGGAGAGCUGCCGCAGGGAUUCGCCAGAUUGAGUGCAAUCUACGGAGGCACCUACAUGCUGAACAAACCAGUGGAGGAGAUAGUGAUGGAAGACGGCCAUGUUGUUGGAGUGAAGUCUGAGGGAGAGGUGGCUCGUUGUAAGCAGCUGAUCUGCGACCCCAGCUACAUCCCGGAUCGCGUCCGCAAGGCGGGUCAGGUGAUCCGUGUGAUCUGCGUCCUCAGCCACCCGAUCAAAAACACUAACGACGCCAACUCCUGCCAGAUCAUCAUUCCUCAGAACCAGGUUAACCGCAACUCAGACAUCUACGUGUGCAUGAUCUCCUACGCUCACAACGUGGCGGCCCAGGGGAAGUACAUCGCCAUCAUCAGCACCACAGUGGAGACCGAAGAGCCCGAGGCGGAGAUCGAGCCGGCGCUGGAGCUGCUGGAGCCCAUCGACCAGAAGUUUGUGGCUAUUAGUGACCUGUAUGAGCCCACAGAUGAUGGCACUGAGAGCCAGGUCUUCGCCUCGAGCUCCUACGACGCCACCACUCACUUCGAGACCACCUGCAACGACAUCAAGGACAUCUACAAACGCAUGACCGGCAGCGACUUUGACUUUGAGAACAUGAAGCGCAAACAGAACGACGUGUUUGGGGAGGAUGAGCAGUGAGCGGUAGAGAGGCUUCAGAGAGAGGGCGGGGCCUGGGAGAGGAGGCGGGGCUUAAAAGAGGCAAAAGAUGAGGCAGAGGGUCCGUUAGAGGGCCUUGAAAAACCAUCAGUGGGGAAGAGGGUGUGUUUCUGGCCUCAGCUGUUUGCCUCCUCUCCCUUACGUCCCUCUCUCUCUUGACACGCUCACACACACACCCGCACAUACACACACACACACACGCUGUUCAAAUACUCACACUCCUUAUCUCUGUCACUGUAAAGCAGGGUUGAUAUGGUCUUUCAUUCCAUUGUAGAAUUUACAGUAUAACCAUGUCUUAAAUAUUAUCAUUAGAGGUGAAUUUAUUACUUGUCGUCGGCGAUCUUCAGAGCAUUUUCAUUCUUUCUGUAACGUCUUUCUCCUCGUCUCAGAGGUCGUCGGGUGGUUGGAAGAUUGAUGGCAUUGAGAAGUCUGACAUGAGAGACCUGUAACGGCUUAUAGUGUAGAAUCCAGUUGACAUGCAUGCAUCUUUUACACACAGUAGUAUUUUACAUAGACGACACUGCGGUAUGAAGGCUGGACCAUUCCACGCAUUGCUCCUGUCAACCCUGCUUUCACUUUUCUCUCACUUGGUCUUUUUCCUGUCAAAAUACUCCUUUUGGCAAAAAUCUGUUGGUCAGGCAAAACAAUGUGGUGAAAAAUGACAUGGGCUGUCUGUCAGCUGAUAGUGCUCACUUUGCAAAGCUGUUGUGUUCCCUGUGCUAGCAAGCAAGCUAACCCGUGGCUAUUAACCGUCACCCCGAAAAAAAAAAAAAAAAAAACUGUUCCUUUGUUUAUCUCUGUUGUGUAAUGUCAAUUUGAAUAGUUUACUUUCUAACAUUUUUAAAUUAUUGAAGAGUUUUUAUUUCUCUAUAUAUUUGGUGCACAUUUCACUGGCUGAAGUUAUGAAGUUUACAGAUCUGUGGUUGAAUCCGUGGUCUUAAAGUAAAAAAAAAAAAAAAAAAAAAGGGAAUGCCAGGA